AUGGACACCAUGAAAAUGAAUCCACCAAGACAAGGUACAACUACCUGACUAAGUUACAAGACACUGUGACAGUCUCUUACCUGUCCCCGUCUUCUCUGUCUCACCAUUGACUUUUCUCUCCAGACAGCAGGCUUAAUGCACACAGUGGCGGCGGCAGGCCUCUCCACACCCCUGCGCUGGCGUUUGUCAGUGAGUUUAUGGGCCCUGAGCGUCCCCUCUUACCCCCUGCUGCUGCUCUACCCAGUGGGCUGACUAGUGACCUGGAGCCACAGCCACACAAAGUGAAGCCUAGGAGAGCAACCCACAGUGCAGGGGCCAUCUACUCCCACAGUACCUCACCCCUCACCCUGCCAACUGGUGAGUGGCUGCGCUCAGGAUCCUCCCCCUCUCUUUUUUUCAUGGAUCAAACGCAGUCUAAUGGAACAUUCUGCUCUGUGCUCAACUAAAACAUUUCUGGACAUGUAAAACCUGAUUACUAUGAAAAAUGCUUUUCUGAACAAAUGUGUCUUUGUAACAGGACCAGGUGAUGCCAUAUCAUUGAGUGAGAAUUCUCCCUCUGGUUUUCCAAUUGCCUUUCAUUCCCGUGAUGACUGCGCUUUGAGUCCUGAGCGACUAGAUUUGGACAGGUAGGCUAAAACACUCAUGGCUUUGUUUGUUCAGUGGUCCAUGUUGAGCUUCUAAAUACACUGUCAUGCAAUGGAAUGCCAAGUUUGUAAUUGCUUGGAUUCACCAGUAGGGUGCAGCAAAGUCCUCGUAAAGAUUAUCCUGCCCUCUGACAGUGCAUGUCAACUUUGCAGGCGUAAAAGAAACGCCUGAAACUAGAUCCUCUACAUACUGGUCUUGAUGAUACAUUUAAUUUUUUUACGGGGGAAGUUCUCUUCUACAGUGUUCAAGCAAUCCAGUACAUUUGGAUGAGGAGUUAAGAUGGAGUGUUGCCGGGCACGUUCAGCAGGAUUUAACGUUUUGGAACAUUCAGAUAGAAAUAGGCUAUGUAGAUCAAACUUGCAUCUCUGAUAUGUAGAAUAAGGAAUCACAUCGGCUCUAUUCAUGGCAUUUCUAUCUGCAACGUUCGAGAACGUUUGGCAACUUAACAUGGCCUUGUUAAUGUCCAAAAGCGGAAGUCCCGUCACAGGCUCUCUUUCCAUUUCCCCUGAAAACCGGAACAUCCGUUUGUUGGGGAUUCGGCAAAGGCUAGUCAACAAUAAACCAUAUCCAUAGCCUGAUCCACUUAGAAUAAUGAGAUCUCCUGAACCCUGCGUGCCAGUGUUGGAAGGCAGACAGCGUGGUAUCAGGUGGCUUGUACCUUUUUAACUGUGCGCCCCCUCUCCUCUGCAUCAUAACAAGAUAAUACAGGGUCAUCCUCUCACAGUGGUGUUGUUGACAAUGCUUUUGUGUUUUGUGGGUCAGGCGUGGUCUGGAGGAGUGUCCCCUGCUGGAGGGCAUGGGUAGGCUGCGGCUGCUCAACUUUCAGCACAACCUCAUCACGCACAUCCACAAUCUGUCUCAUCUGCGGCACCUGGCCUUCCUAGACCUGUAUGACAACCGCAUCUCUGAGAUGUCUGGCAUCUCAGCCCUGGCCUCUCUCAGAGUGCUUAUGCUGGGCAAGAACAGGUUUGUGUUACGUCUCUCAAGCAUACAAACUGAACAAUAGGAUAGGAGCUCCCACUCAUUUCAGUGCUUUUACAGUGCAUGAUUUCAAGGACAGAUGACAAACUUUUUAUGCUGUCAUUUUUUUGUGGGAUUUUUCUUUACAUUUAGAAAGAUGUUACCAUAGGGAUAUGCACAUCCUGCUUUUUGAAUUAAGUGAUACUGUAUGACUGCCACAUCACAGCUAGCCUAUAUAUCAACCUCCAUUGAAAAGUACUUUCCUGCAGGUGCCCAAUUUCAGUACAAAACCAUACCACUGCUCUCUUUGUGAAUCUUACAUCUAACAUCACCUGACUUUAAAACUAAAGGUCAGGAGGGAGGAAGAUUAAAGUCACAAAUCAUGGCAACUGCCACUGGGAUCCCAUCGCUGAGGUCUGGUUUUGUCCCAGAGUCUGUAAAACAUGACAUUUGUCUUUUUAGAACCCACUUUCAGAAUAGUCCGCGGUACCUUUCAAGCAAAGCAUGCCACAGAUUUAGGUUUCUGAUACAAUUUCCAAGGGACUGUAACCUAACUUCCCUAAGUUACUGUUUGGUCUGUAUAGACAAUCCUGGACGACAGGACAGUGGAAAACAGUCAACUUCCCAUCAGUAGAAAAUAAAUGACGACCGGUCUUUGACAAUCCCAUUUCCUGUGCCUGGUAACCAUUCAGUUAGCAGAAGGGAUACCAGCUCUUUGUCAUAGAAACAUUGUGUUAUAGGAGAGAUAUCUUGUAUAGAAUACCAGACAGGGUGAUGUUAAUAUUACUGUCUGUUUAAUGUUUUUCAGAAUCCAGAGGAUAUGCAGUCUGGAUAACCUGACUAAACUAGAUGUUCUGGACUUGCAUGGCAAUCAGGUACCAUGUUUCAAACCUUAGAAAAUGAUAACUUCACUUACAUUCCUUUCUGUUCUCCAAAUAUACAUCCACAUGCAUUUAGUGUCUGUAAUGUUGUUUGCAAUACCGUGACCAGUGGGGAACUGUGUCUAGCUGAGAGGUUCAGCAAGAGCAGAGAGGCACUACCACCUGACCCGUACUGCUGGUUGGUUACUACGUCAGUGACUCUGGGCCCCUACAGUUAAGCUCAAGCAGGCUUGGCUGCAGGAAAGCAAAUGCAUUAGUUCCUGUUGUGAGGCUUUUGAGUACAUUCUAUAUUCAGUCGUGUGAAGGCAGUGAGUUAUAUUUGUACUUUUAGUUGCAACUCAGUGCUCUAUCAGCCAUCGUUACUAGAGUACUUUACCUUUCUCCUAUUUUCCCACCAAAUUAAAACAUAUGUAGGAGCUUACUCCCACACAUCCCAGUCUUGCUCAGGGUUACCUUACAGUUCUUCUUCAAUUACUAUAAUUUCUCUAACAGGCAAGGCUAUUUCUGUUCCUUUUACAAUGACGGAAAACCUGAUAAAGCUGUUAUACAACUCAUUUUAGUGUAAAUGGUAAGUUGAGUGAAGGCCGAUUUGAUAGGCCUACAGUAUGAUCUGGCUGCUGUCACAACGUAUUAAAAGCCUGUGAAGAGAGGGGAUCACAGUAAUACUGGUGUCAAAUCAGGAUUUUGCCAGCACCUGCAAAAAGAGGAUAGGAUUGAAAAGCCAUCCGUCCGCGGUGCUGGUUGUUUGAAAUGUGCUGCCAGUAUAUCGCCCACAUUGUUCCAGUGAAAGUCACCCCAGAGUCCCUGUGAGACUCCUCUCUCUGAUUCUGGCUGCUCUUUUUCAUGUGUCUCCUACUCUCAUUCCCAAUUAAACAUUGGUUUCUGUUAAUCUACCCAGCAGCCUUUGUUUUCCAGUCACUUCUGACCACGAAACAUACUAUGUCUUUCUCUUACCACAUUUGUACUUCCCAAAGCCAGCAGUGUUUAAGUCACCUAUGUAUGACCACAAACAAGGGAUAAUUUCAGCCCUCACUCAAACCACCCCUGCCUGGCCUCUCGUUUUACCCAGAAGGGAGAUGUGCUCUGGGGACAGGAAGUUGUCAUGACAUCAUAUUGCUAAAUAACCUGUCCUUCCAUUGGUUGAGUGAUGGAUGGUGCUCACAAUAGGAUCCUCUGCAUCUAGUUGACACUAGAGAUAACGGCUGCUGUUCAAUGAGUGAAACAGAGGACAAGGCUACAGGCUUUUCUAUCCCUUGAAAGAUUUUGAACGGUACUACAUUCAUUGUAUCAGGAAUGCAAGGAGUACACCGGUAUGUGAUGUCUACAAUGAAUUACAUUAGAAUUUCAAAAUCAUUCAUCAAACAGACAAUAUUUAACUUAACUAUUAAACUAUUUGAAACUUACAAUGCACUUUGCCUUUUUAUUACAUUUUAAGACAUGUAAAGGACAGUUCUGUGUGACCCUGCCUGCAGAGCAAAUAUCCCUAUAGGACAUUAAGACUUCAACAAUGCCCUGACCUCUCGUGUUCCUCCUAAAAAUGAGCGGGGAACAACUGUAACAUCUAAUCUGCCCUGACGAGAGAUGGGUCGAGCAUAAUAGAGAUACAAUUACUGUUCAGUGAAAGAUGCAGCCAGUGUGGAGUGGACCCUCUGGCUUUCUUAGCUUUGUAGAGGAUGAUGUCCCAGGCCUGAGAUUAGUUUAGCCAUGUGCUGACUUGUGUUAAAGUGGACUUGAGAGAGAAUGCUUUUCAUUGCAGCCAUGGUGGAACUGUGAAUCCAAGAGAACACCACUGGGAGGCCUCAGUUGGAGUGGAACAUUACCUCACUCUGUUGUAUUUGUCAGCAGUCAUAACAAAAGUUGUUUCAAUCUCAACAUCCCUUACCUGUCUCUCUGGUCUCUGUCCAAUAACAUCAGUAUUAUAAGAGGCAUUUGGGGGACUUAAUGCACCUGGGCCUAUUGUCAGAACGCCAUAACUGAGAUACCACCUCUACUACUCACUACUGGCAGCUGGACAACAUACUGUACACAUAGACAUGACAUAGCACUGUUACACUGGCCUUAGAGUGCUUCAGCUAUGACAUAACCCUGUCUGGUCAAGCUAUGAAAGAGGAGAGUCAGAGAGAAGAGUGUGCCUCAGUAUCACUCAUGAAAGGGCUUUAGAUGUAGAGAGCAGGCUGUCAUCCUCCUCCCUCCCCCAAAUGGAAGGGAAAGGCAGAGGUCCUUUUAGACAGAGCUCCAGAGCUCUAUGCAGCUUCUGUCCUUUAAAUGAUGUUCACUGUUCAUUUAAAGAUUCUGCCCUAAGCUAACAUCCAUACUCAGUCUGUCUUGAUUCAUGUCUACUUGCAUCAAGCUCGCUGCAGGAGCCUUUCAACCUUUGACCGCUGGGGUAACAUGCAGUGUAUCAUCAUCAAGGGAAAGGGAACCCCCAAAGCCGGCCCCUCAGUGGUAGUUAGUUCUGGGAUGUAUCCCAAAUGGCAUCCUACUCCCUAUAUAGUGCACUAGUAUAGACUACAGCCCUAUGGGCCCUGGUCAAAUGUAGUGCACUACAUAGGGAAUAGGGUGCCAUUUGUGACGCAACCCUGACCUCUUCCUGAAAUAGACAGGACAGAGUGGCACACACCUCACAGCCUCACACUCAGACAGACAGAAUCCCCUGGGUCUUGAACUAGUUAGUUUCAUUUUGACAAGAGGCCCUGCAGUUCCCGCUCAACCAGAAUGAGGCCAGGACCACAUUUCACUACUACUGACCCUUUCAGAUUCUGGAUGCCUUUUGGACUCAUGGCUCAAUGAGAAUACUGACUUUGUUUUGACGUUGAAAUUAUGAUAAUGUGGGUCAGAAACGAAAGGAGCGAUUGUGAGGGUUGAAUUGGAUGGUAAUAUUGGAUGGUAAAAAUUCAAAUAAUUUAUCUCCAACUCAUUUGAAGGUAUAAUUUAUUUUGGGCUGUUUUUAGCAGAGGAUAUGGAAUGGCCUUAGGCUAGUUGAUGUGUAAAUCAGGGUACACAGGUGUCUGCUCUACUCUGCUGUACUCAGAGUUUUAUUUUGCACAUCAAACAGAACUGGCAUGUCUCAUCAUUUGAUUUAGACAACAGAGAGCAUAUUCUCAACACUGAAAAUCACCCUUAUGGACCCUAUCACCUCCCCAAUAUAUUAACAACAGCACAGCCUCAAGACGAGCCCCUGAAGGUAUGAGCCUAGUCUUUAAUUCAUAAUGACUUAAGAGAACAUUUCACUAGUUUAUCACACUGAUGUUUCUGUCUGUGUUUCCCUCUGCCUUCAGAUCUCCCAGAUAGAGAACCUCUCCCACCUGUCUGAGCUGCGCGUGUUGAACCUGGCAGGGAACUGCAUCUCCAGG